UCCUGCUCUUUUUAUAUUCACAUCAGCCUUUUUCCAAGAAAAUUGCACACAACCACCUUUGCUCUGAUAGCUUCUGUUUUACUCUCUCUCUCUCUCUCUCUCUCUCUACUUGCCUUCUUGCUCCUUUUGUUGCUGGUCAAGAAAUCAUGACUGGUGUUCCAGAUGGAGAAAGUGUCACUCUUGAUCUUCUCAAGAAGAAGAUGGAUGAGUUUGCCAAAGAACGCAACUGGGAACGCUUCCAUAGCCCCAGAAACCUCCUUUUGGCUCUGGUGGGUGAAGUGGGAGAGCUGAGUGAGAUAUUCCAAUGGAAAGGAGAGGUACCAAAAGGAUUGCCUGAUUGGAAAGAAGAGGAAAAAGUACAUCUUGGGGAAGAGCUCUCUGAUGUUUUGCUCUAUCUCGUCAGGCUCUCUGACAUGUGUGGCGUGGAUUUGGGGAAAGCCGCUCUCCGUAAGGUCGAACUUAACGCCAUUAAGUACCCUGUUACUCUCAGCAAAACUUCAUCAGACGAAAACAAUAAUGCCGCUCACGAUAGUGUGUGAUGAUUUCGUUUCGUCUCUUUUGAUCUCCUGGGCAAAUAUGGAAUAUUGAUUUUGAAGUGGGUUCUAAUUUAAUUUUGUUUUCAUUGCAUGGGGACGGUGAUGGAGAUGAGAUGUAGACUACUAGUAGUUAAGGCCGUGUCGGGCAUUUAUUCACAGAUUUUAAUACAGUGUUAUUAGCUGAAUCGUAUCUCUCUUAACAUAUGUGAGAUAUGGCUUUUGUGAUAUCAUAAAAAAUAUUAUUUGA